CUGCCAUAGUCUCAGGCAGUUUGGAGUCUGGUAAACUUUUCCCCAAAAGGGCUGAAAAUGAGGUUGUAAUAAUUAUAAAGGGACUUUAAUCAUUUUUUUUUUUCACCGACUGAAAUAAGGGACAGAAAUACAAUCAUAAUGGCAUCAGCAUAUGAAGGUAAUAAACCUGAUGUGAGGAUUGUGCUGCUGGGAGUCUGUGGAGCUGGAAAGAGUUCAAUGGGAAACGCAAUACUGGAUGAAGAUGUGUUUAAAGAGGGCAGAACGAGAGAGAGUGAGGUGCAGAGAGGAAGAGUAGAAGGCAGAAACAUCUCCAUCAUCGACACUCCAGGAUUCUUCAACACUCACCUGACUGAUGAAGAGCUGCAGAAGGAGAUGAUGAAGAGCCUGGAUCUCUGUUCUCCUGGACCUCAUGUGUUCCUGCUCAUCAUCAACCUGGAGAACUUCACAGACGACCACAGGAACAUUGUGCAGGAAAUCCUGGAGAGCUUUGGAGAAAAAGCAUUGAAGUUCACAAUGGUGCUGUUCAUUGGAAAGGAAAAGUUCUCCAGAAGAGAAUGGACUCGAAUUAUUACAAGUGAAAAAGCGCAGAAAAUACUGAGCAACUUUAAAGGGAGAUUUCAUGAGAUGAACAGCAAAGCUGAAUGUGAUUUAAAACACGUCGCAAAACUUUUUAAGAGCAUUGAUGAAAUGGUGAAGAUGAACAGAGGACAACACUACAGCAGUGAGAUCAAACCGAUUAGCCAAAGACAAGAGAAGAACGAGAGAGUAACACAAGGAGAGCCAAAAAGGCUGGAAGCUCAAAUAAAUAUUGACAAGGACAUUAAAACUAAAACCAAAGUGGAGAGAAUGACUGGUUGCAAGCAGAGUGAAGAUCCAGAUGCAGUUAGCAGAUAUUUGCAGAAAGUGAAGGCAGAUGCUUCUGUGGGACAGAAAACAGAAGCAGAGAAAAGCCCUAACCCUGGAUUAAAUUCUAAAGGUUUUCGAUCAAAUGUGAUUGGAUCAGUGGGUGAAGGCAAAUCCAUCUCGCAGACGGCCUCAACAGCCGUGCCACUGGAUUCAGAUCGCACUGCACCGUUAUCAGAGAAUUUGAGGAUUGUUCUUCUUGGUAAAACCGGAUCAGGAAAGAGCUCAACAGGAAACACUAUUUUGGGAAGAGAUGCCUUCAGAGUCAGUUUUCUCUCAUCCACUCAAACAUGUGAGAGAAGAAAUGCGGUGAUUUCAGGAAGAAACAUCUCAGUAAUCGACACCCCUGGACUGUUAAACGUCAGGUGGUACAAGCAUUUACAGAACAAACUCAAGCAGGAUAUAGAGAAAUACCUGGAGAAGUGUGCUCCGGGUCCGAACGUGUUUCUGCUGGUCAUGAGGCCCAAUGGCAGACACACAGAUGAAGACGCAAACACUGUCAAGUGGAUUCAGGAGAACUUUGGAGAAGAAGCUGUUCGUUAUACCAUGGUUCUGUUCACUCAUGUUGAUUUGCUGACGGAUGAAUCUAUGGAUGAUUAUAUUAGACAAAGUCUGGAUCUAAAGUUACUGAUUGACAGCUGUGGUGGAAAAUUUCACACGGUGAACAAUCAGGAUAGAAACAAUCCGAAUCAGGUCACUGAGCUGCUGGAGAAGAUUGAACAACUGGAGAGAGAAUUUAUGAUGGUGCUACUUUCAAGAUGAGUGAUGACUUCCUGUCUAAUCCCGCCCCCUUUUAGGGCGGGACCUCCUAUCUAAGCCACGCCCUUUUAUAUGCAUUUUUUAAAACAUGUUUUUACGAUGAUUUGAUUCUUAUCAAUUUAUUCUUUCAUUUAUUUUCGUUCAGCUUAGUCGGUCCUGGAGGUCCUGGUGUUCUGCAGAUUUUAGCUCCAACUUGCCUCAACACACCUGCAAGGAUGUU